UUGACGUUAUAAACAACCCACCAAUAAUAGUGAAGGUUGGUUAGUUGGUUUACCAAAUUUUAAAGAUUUUUUCUAACUCCUUUAUCAGUUGCAAGAGAUUUUCUUAAGUUAUUAUUAUUAGAAUAGAAAAGUGCAUGUAAAUUAGGGACAAUGAGUGACCAAGAGCAGUCCCCUGUUGAAUCGACCCAAUCCAAUCAAUUAACUCCCCAAGAAUUAGAGAAACAAGAGGAGGCUAAACUUAAAGCCAAAUUCAACAUUCCUUCAGGUGGAGGACCAGGUUUAAAAGCAAGUGGGCACUCUGCUUUUUUACAAAAGCGGCUGUCAAAGGGACAGAAAUUUUUUGAUUCUGGAGAUUAUCAAAUGGCUAAACAAAAGUUUGGCAAUAUUUCUAACAAAGCAGGACUCCAGUUGCCAGGCCCUAUACCAUUUGUAGGCACAGGUGAUGCCAUCCCCACUCCUGAAACAGUUCCUAUAAGAAAAACUUCCAUAGUUCAACCUUCAAAAUUUAAUAAUAUUAGUUAGAAUAGACUGAUGCUUUAUAUCUGUAGAACUUAAGGGUGGCUAUGUAUUAUAAGAAUAAUUUUGUUGUCCCAAUGAAGUCAUUUUGUACAAUUAAACUAAAAUGUACUGUUUUAUUUGUAAUACUAAAUUAUUUGUUAAUAUUCAAAUUUUAGAUAAUAGCUGGAACUGCUUUGUUAUCUUUGAUACAUUAAUCUUACAUAUAUUCAUAAAAUAUAUUACAUAAAUUUGUUUUUAUAAAUUUUGUGACUGAUUUUACAAAUGUUUUGUUUUUUCAGAAAAAUGUAUUCUCCUGUGACAUUAUAUUUUGGUAGUUCAUUACGUUUUAUGAUAAUUUAAAAGAUAGCUUGGUUUUAGCUGUUAUUUAAAAAUUUGAAUUCUACAAUAAUUAAUGAAGAAAGUGAUUCGAAAGAAUAAGAUGAUAAAAG